AUGUAUUCGUGGCAUGAAACGCAGAGCAGAACAAAAACAACUGCAAUCCCGAAAGUUUAUGAACAAGAAAGUAUUAAAUUUUUCAUGCAAACUGGAGGUAUAUUACCAGUAUUUAAUUCAGUACGAUCGUCAGUAUAUCGAUGUCGUAACAGUAGUCUUCCAGUCAUACCACAUAAUUUGACAGAAUUCGAUAUACCGGACGACUGGAAGAAGGAUAACCUCGGCGGUGAUUUUCUUCAGAUAAAUGUUGGUACAGACGCAAGGCUUCUUGGUUUUGUCUCUCAAUGUGGUUUAGAACGUCUCGCUGAAGCAAAACAUUGGAAUGCCGACGGUACAUUCUAUACUGCACCACCUCUAUUUUCACAAGCAUAUACAAUACAUAGUCUUACAGGUAAGUUUUGGGUCGAGAUUUGA